AAGGGCUGAACGGGACUGUCAGAAUGGCAUACAUUUAAACUAAGCGGAUCUUAUGAAAACAGACCUCUGAUAAUAGUGCCUUUCUUUUUAGAAAGCGAAAAAUCACUUCUGCUGAGCAAAGGAAGUGUUUGUGGUUCUCGAAAAAACACUAGGAAGAGAAACAGGACACUUUGGAAAACUUUGGGGCUGUUUGUGUUCUGUUGGGAAAGUCGACAUCUCAUCAUCUCGGAGAACACUCUCCCACAGCUGUUCCUCUCAAUCUCACGGCCAAAUAUUCCUUCACAUGUUCCUAAUGGACAACUCCACAGCACAAGCACUUAGCACAACCCAAAGAACGUUUCUCACGUCACCCGUACAUCAAAAGGGAUCAGUUGGUCACUAUUUCGAGGCUAUAGUUGGAGUUGUCAUUGCUGUGGUUGUUCUGGUCCUGCUUCUCCUCCUAGCCAUCAUUCUGCGAUACAUGUACCAGCACAAAGGCACAUACCAUACCAAUGAGGCCAAGGGCACAGAGUUUGCUGAGACCGCAGAUGCCGCUCUUCGUGGAGACCCGGCACUGCAGGACGCCAUGGAUGACAACAAGAAAGAAUAUUUCAUAUGAGACAUAAUGUAUGGGCUUCACAUACAAUACAUAACAUACUCACAAAGGCUGAAAUAAUGCCUGAAUUGGUAAUUGCACUGAGACCGGCAGCUGUGUCAGCAAACAAAAGUGUUAGAAAAUCAUCCAUAUGAAGUUGUAGUUAUUUUAUUUAUGAAAAACAUCAUACAAGCACACAAAACUGAACCUGAAAUUUAGCCUAAAAAUAUAGAAACAGAGACACAGUUAAUGUCAAAAGUUUACAUACACCCUACAGAAUCUGGAAAAUGUUGCAAAUUAAAAACAAAAAGAGGCAGUUUGAAAUUUAAGGUUCAUUUUUAAUUGGGCACUGCCAUGAACAAGUUAUUUUACAUAGUUUCCAUAUAGUGAACAUCACAGAAUAAUAACUAAUUUUACAAAAAAAAUGCUAGUUUAAAAGUUUACAUAUAUUACCUUAUUCUUACUACUGUCUGAAGUUUGCAGAAGAUGCUUAAAAACACAGAUUGAGGAGAAUCGGAAAGGUUUUCUGAAGACAGAUUAAUUGCUCUUCAACAACUAUGACAAAACAUAAAAACACAGUAACUGAUCAGGUAACCUUAUACAGGUUUAUGUAAACUUUCAAACUGGUUUAUUAUUAUUUGUUUAUUAAUUAUAAUUUAGUGAUGGUGACUUUAAACAUUUGUUAUGUAAAAUAACUUGUUCAUUAAAACAAACCUGAAUUUUCCAAAUUCCUCUUAUUUCAGAUUCUGCUUUUUAAUGCUGUGUUUUUAAAUGUUUGACCUCAAUACGUCAAAGAGAGAUAAAUGAAAAUGUAUUAUGUUCAUUUAUAUAUCAGAGAAUAGGAAACAUUUUGGUCUAAAUGAAGCUUUCGCUCAGCAAGUUUGAGACCAAAUGCUUGUUUAUAGUUAUAUAAAAAAACAUAUUCUUCAAAAUGUAAGAAAGUACUAGGGUCCAAAUUUUACCAGUCACGUAGUUCUUGACUGUUACAAUAUAAGGAAUAUAUAACCUCUGAACUGCAGAACAGGUCAAAUCCAUGGAUUACAGACAAUAGAUGUGUUACUUGUAAUGCUCUGCUAAUAUUAUGAUAAUAGCAUCAUUUAUACAGUGAGUAAAAGAAACUCAAAAUGGUUCAAAAGCUGCCUUCAGUAAUUAAAUCAAAUAAGCUUUUCAAGUCACUUUAAAUUAAAUUGAAUUAAAUGAUAUUAAACUGAUUUAAAAAUCUAGCUGCAUUAUGUAUAACUCAUAAAAUGAAAUUCAGGUAAAGUGAUGGAAAAACAUGUGUUGACUCACAGAGGACAUCAUUAAAAUAAUGCUUCAAAAAUAAUGGGACACAAAAGUGAACCUUAUUCGUGGAAUGUGCCUUGUACAGUAUAUCUCCUUGUAUUUGUUUGUCUUUGAUGUUGCUAUUGAAUGUGUGCACCACACAUGAGCUCAGAGAAAUAUAAUGUUCAGGUGAAGUUCAGAAAAUUAGGUGUUGUCACAUAGAAUGCAAAUGUCAGGUGAUGUUUUAAAUCAUUUAAAUGCUAAGAAUAUUUAUAACACUGUUUACAGCAAACAAUCAUGUGAAAUGAAUUGGUCUCUUUGAUACAGUAUACUGCACAGCAACCGACUAAGUGUGUGAAACUGGUUAGGAAGCACUCCAGGAUGUGAGAAAAGGAACACACCCAGAAGACAAACAUAAUGUGCACAUAAUUCCUGUGUUCUACACACAGACAAUAGGAUAUUCUGUGGGAAAAGAAGCCAUAGGGUUGAUUCUGGCAGAAAUGUAACGUUAUUUAUAUACAUUUACCUCUACGUAGGUAGGCUAUUACAAUUCUUCUUUUACAGUGAUGAUUUUAAAAAAUGACUUUCUAUAAAUGUAAUAUUUAAAUGGUUGUUUGUAACCAGAGACAGCAGUGUGAGAAAAUGUGAAAAUAUGUGAGAGCAAUAUCUGUUUCUGUUUAACCUAAUUUCAGGUAUAUUUACACUAAUAAAAUGGAUGUGUAAUCAC